GUCAACUCGGCGCAAACGUGAACACCCGACAACCUUGUUCGUCUCCGCCGUGACUUGCAUACGGACGCUCACUGGGAUAUACUUAUGAUGCACGGCCCAACCGUUUUCCCUCGACAGUAUAUCUCGCUGCAUUCGCCGACUCUCCUGCAGCACGGCUCUCCACUAUGGCCACCUCUCAGAAAGCUCCUCUUCAGCUGCACGUCCUCAUCGUCGGAUGUGGUCUCGGAGGGCUCGCCGCCGCUCAUUGCAUCGCUCAGGCGGGCCACAAGGUCACUCUCUUCGAGUCUGCGCCCGCGAUAGGAGAGGUGGGCGCGGGAAUCCAGGUCUCUCCCAACAUCACCCGCCUCCUUAUUCGCUGGGGUCUCGGGGAGAAGCUCGCACAGAUUGCAGUCAAACCUGAUGCUCUCGUCUUCCGUAGGUAUAGCACCGGUGAACGCGUCGCAUAUACUCGCUGGGGAGAGAAGAUGGAUGCGUUCGGUGCGCCGUACUACCACAUACACCGCGCCGACUUCCACAAACUCCUCUACGAACUCGCGAUACCCAGCAUGACACUGCGCCUGAACUCGACUGUGGUUGCUUGCGACCCUGUCGCACCAUCCUUGACACUAGCCUCCGGCGAGACUGUGUACGGCGAUCUCGUCAUAGGCGCGGACGGCGUAAAGAGCUUCAUACAGCAAGUGGUGCUUGGGCGAGUCAACCCCGCACAGGCGACCGGCGAUGCCGCCUACCGAGCUCUUAUCCCUACAUCACUUAUGAUGGAGGAUCCAGACUUGAGACCUUUCGUUGAUGUGCCUGAAAUGACGGGAUGGAUGGGCUUGGGACGGCAUGUCAUGGCAUACAACGUCCGCGCGAAACGCGAGUUUAAUCUGGUCUUGAUACACCCAGACGACGGAUCCGUCGAGUCAUGGACGGCAGAGGGUAGCGCUGAUAAGAUGCGCGCGGACUUUGCUGAUUUUGAGCCCCGAAUACAGAAGAUGCUCAAACUCGUGAAGUCCACACUGAAGUGGCGCUUGAUGGAUCGUCAGCCGCUGGAGACCUGGAUCCAUCCGGUUGGGCGUGUCGCACUCCUAGGGGACGCGUGCCACCCUAUGCUGCCCUAUCGUGCACAAGGUGCUGCCAUGGCAAUUGAGGACGCAGCCGUGCUUGGAAACCUUCUCUCGCAUAUCUCAUCCAUGUCACAGGUCAAGCCGCUCUUGUACGCAUACGAGUCCCUGCGCCUCUCACGCACCGCGGAAACGCAAGCGUCCUCGCGUCUGAACCAGAAGAUUUUCCACCUGCCCGACGGGCCGGAGCAGCAAGAGCGCGACCUCCAUAUGCGCGCUGCGAUGGAAGCGGAGUUCGCAAUGCUGGAUCGCGAGCGCGCGGGGCUUCCGGUGCAAGAGGACACGAUGGAGGGCAACCCGAACCAGUGGGCUGACCGUAAGAAGAGCGAGAUACAGUUCGGGUAUGAUGCGGAUGCGGAGGCUGAGAGGUGGUGGCGUGAGGUCGGCGAGCGAGAGGUUGGGCCGCUCGGGCUCGGGGAGAUGAUUUCGGGGCGACUGUGAGGCUUCGUUUGCCGCUACAUCCGUGUGCUUAGAUGGCCACUCCCGGACCGCUUCCGGACCGCUCCCUUUUUCUCGGCUC